UGGAGAAGAAAUAUCGUGAGGCACAUGAGAAUCCACACAGGAGAGAAACCAUUCAGUUGCUCCAUCUGUGGUAUAAGAUUCACACAAAGCUCAGCCGUGACCAAACACUUAAGAGUUCAUACAGGAGAAAAACCUUUCUCAUGCUCAGUUUGUAAAGCAAGUUUCAAAGACAGACACAAUUUGCUUAAACACACAAAACUGCAUACUGGGGAGAAACCAUUUAGUUGUUCAGUUUGUGGUAAAAGAUUUGCACAAAAGACACAUCUUAGACGUCACUUGAACGUCCACACAGGGGAGAAACCCUUCAGUUGUUCAGUUUGCGGUAAAGACUUUACGCAAAAGACACAUCUUAGACAGCACUUGACUGUUCACACAGGGGAGAAACCGUUCACUUGUUCAGUUUGUGGCAAAAGAUUUGCACAACGGGGAACUAUGAAAGAACACUUGUCCAUCCACACAGGGGAGAAACCAUUCAGUUGCAAUGUUUGUAGUAAAAGAUUCACUAAGCUCUCUUAUAUCAAAAAACACAAGUGUGUUGGUGAGAGCAGCAUCAAUAAAUGAAGUUACAAUUCAAUUUCUACCAGCAGGAUUGAAGUACUGAGGGUGAGACUUGGCUCAACAAUGAUCAGUUUGAAACUGUGAUACAGACUCCAAAAUAAUAUCUUUUCAUCUGAGAUGAAGCCACUCAAUCAUUAUUGUUGUUUUUGUUUGUGCCUACAUUAUUAUUAUGUUUUGGCAUUGCAUAUAUAAUAAAUGUAUUAAUUGAUUUAGAACGUAUUUAAUAGUUUUGUGUAACCUAGACAGCCCUAUAGUUAACAUUUGUUGCUUGAAACUAUGAUUUAGAAAUGAAAUGACUUAAUUUUAAUUUUGCUUUUGAUGGACUGCCACUUUUAACUGUUAACUAACAUAGAUUUUUAAGAAAAUCACAAAACGGCUGAGGAUCAAACCGCCAACCUUCUGAUUAGCAGACAAUCCGCUCUACCUCUCAGUACACUGGACUGAUUGUGCCACGAUCACCUACCGGAGGAGCCUGUUAUGUGUCAUGAGAAAGAAGGACUUGUAUGCUGGACUGUAUCUCGCAGUCAGCACUGACAAAGUGACAUGUACGUUUAUUGUAUGUGAAAGCUGCUGCUGUCUAUCAGUCUCUGGUCGGAGGUAGCUUGUCUAAAUCUCUUGCCCUCUACGACACUGACUGGCAGCAUAUCGGACCGACGUGUAACCGGUCAGAAAUAUUCUCGUAACUGAUUUUAACUACUAAUUAAAGACAUCCCUGUACUUGACCUUCGUACCAAUAACACUAAUUAUUCCUAAUUCAAUGGACUCUUCUGCUCUUGACUUGAUCCCUCGUUAUGUGUAAAACAUUAACAGCUGAUCCUUUAACUGCUCAAACUGUCUGAGUUGCCACAGGUCUGAAAUAUGCGUGACAUAGUGAUUUAGCAUAAUCUCUGAGUUCCUAUAUUUCACAUAUGAGACCCAAAGUUUGAAGUUUCACGAGUUUCAUCAAACUUGAUUAAUGGAUAUAACUAAUCUUCAUAACAAUGAAUGCUAAUGGAGUGAUUCUUAGUUAUGUUCAAUCCCAAUGUAGAAUCCGUCCAAGCUUAAAACCUUGUGGGACUCCAUGACUAACUUUAGUAAUUAUGGAGGAUUCAUCGUUUACAUGUACAAACUGAGAUCAGUCUGAUAAAUAAGACUUAAACAAUCUUAGUGCUUUCAUGCUUCAGAUUAGAUUAAUUAUACUUUAUUAAAGUGAACACACUAUUAAGGGGAGGCACCAACCAGGAAAAACCUGUAUUUGGACCCUCUCUUACUCACUGAUAUCAUUAAAAUAUGUUAUUUUAAUGAUAUAUCUGAUAUUAUAUGACACAAAUUCAACUAAAAUUGAUCAAAAUCUUUUUGAGUGAUUCCACAAUAUUUGGCACAACCAUGAAUCACUAAGUAUUGUUAGAAAGCUUAAUUUCUUCUGAGUAAAUUUAUCUUAUCCAAAUGUGUUUUGCGGUGGUAACUACUGAUGAAAAAAGAAAUGGUGCAGUGAGGCCAGACUAGCAGGAGCUGGAAAUUCAGUGGACAUUUUUUAAAAUCUAAAAUCACCAAUCCCUGUGAAUUCUGGGCAACUUUUGUCACCUCAACAUUUUCACAGAUUUGACCAAUCGUUGUAGUUUCCUUCCACAAAGCGUUGAGCCAAUCUUUAAUUACUACUUACUUCAAUGUGAUCGAAAAUGGCCGCUGUCUUGGUGUUCAGAUGCAUCCCUUCUGUUCUAAUCUCACUGAGAAACAUUUCCUGUGAUGACUUCAUACUGAAAGUCACCUUGUGUUUGGCCAGUUAAAUGUUUUUAAUGUAGAAAUGUGUUUACGUUUACUACAGUCAUUCUGGUGUUUUCUCUGCAGCUAGCUAAGAAAAGUUGUAACUCGUCAUGUUAUAGCCUCGUUAUAUUCAUCUUCAAUAAAAAUCUCAAAUCUUAAGACCUCAAUGUUGUCAUUUCCCCCCUGUGGUAUCAAAGAGAGCACAUUCAAAUAAACUAGG